AGUUAAUCCAGCAAGAAACAGCAGUGAAGAGACUUGAUGGAAAUGAAAGUGGAUAAUCAAGAACCGAUAGAAGUGAAAGAAGAAAGUCAAGAACUGAAUGUAGUGGAAGAGGAACUUCAGUAUCAGAAUCAUCGUUUCAUAACUAAAAAAAGAUCUUUUAGUCGCUCACAGAAUGCAAAGAAUUCCUCAAAAAGCAAAACUCAUGCCCAAAAUUCCUUCACCUGCCCUCAGUGUGGAAAUAGUUUCAAUCAUAAAGGAAGUCUUAGAAGACACAUUAGAAUUCACACCGGAGAGAAACCUUUCACAUGUCCUCAAUGUGGAAAGAGUUUCAGACAGAAACAAAGUCUUCAGACACACAUGUUAAUACACACUGGAGAGAAACCUUUCACAUGCCAUCAGUGUGGAAAGCGUAUAACACGGAAAGAGAGUCUUAAGAUACACAUAAGAAUUCACAAUGGAGUGAAGCCUUUCACGUGCUCUUACUGUGGAAAGAGUUUUGUACGGAAAGGAGAUCUUAACAUGCACAUGAAAACUCACACUGGAGAGAAGCCUUACAUAUGCCAUCAGUGUGGAAAGAGUUUCAUACGGAAAGGAGAUCUUAACAUGCAUAUGAAAAUUCACACUGGAGAGAGACCUUUCACAUGCCUUCAAUGUGGAAAGGGUUUCUGUCGGUCAGAUGGACUGAAAAAACAUGAGAGAGUGCAUAGUGGAGAGAAGCCAUAACAACAGAAUUAUUUGGGAAAAGUAAAAGAAAAGGGCAUUGCCCAGUUGUUGUUGUGAGCAAAACUGAAUGACAAGACAAAAAAAAAAAACAUGAAAUAAUAUAUACAGUAUAACUCUUAAGACCACUAUUCAUACAACUUUUCUUCCGAUAGAUUAAAAUAAAAUUUCAACUAUAACAAAG